GACGUUUCUUCACAUAUACACCAAAGAUACACAUCUGAAGUGUGCUAGAACAGCGAAUAAAACGUCUGAAGAGUUUUGAAUCAACGGGCGAUCGCCAACCUUCGUUGUUAUUUCCUCUAUCUCCAAAUCUUUUUUUUUUUUGGCCUCACGUUCACUAAAUCGUCGUCAAGUAAACAGGGAAAAUUUUUGUUUUUGAGGAACACUUUAUUUGUAUACUUUAUUGAGAGAGUCACCUUUUUUUUUUCUUAGGAAAGUCAGUGCCCCAUAUAGCAGCGAUCUCAAGCUGAUUAUACACAUAUACACGGCCUAUUUAAUCCCGGAACUAAACCAAACGGGGUAUACUCCAUUCAAUUGGCCUGAAGAACAAAUCUAAAGGAGAAAUCAGCCCCCCAAAAAACGGACCAAUAAUUAUACACAAACAAAUACGUGAAACAAACUUUUAAUCUGAAUCACUCCUCGAAAUGGUUUCUUCAUACGAUAUUGGGACCAAGUGCUGGUAUCCAGAUGAAACAUUGGGGUGGAUAGGUACUGUUGUCACCAGUAACACCACCAGUGGAGGGAAACAUAUUCUCGAAUUGACAGCUGAAACGGAUGAUUCGAUCAAAUUUACGGUAGAAUCAACCAAUUUGGACGAAGAUAACGACAAAUUGCCACCUUUACGUAACCCUCCGAUCUUGGAAGCUGCUGAAGAUUUGACCAGUUUGUCCUAUCUUAAUGAACCGGCCGUGCUUCAUGCCAUUAAGCUCAGAUACUCCCAAUUAAACAUUUAUACCUACUCUGGUAUUGUUUUGAUUGCCACAAAUCCAUUCCAACGUAUAGAUCAAUUGUAUUCGCAGGACAUCAUCCAAGCGUAUGCUGGCAAAAGAAGAGAAGAAUCAGAUCCACAUUUGUUUGCCAUUGCUGAAGACGCGUACCGUUGUAUGAAGAGUGAUGGAGAAAACCAAACCAUUGUGGUUAGUGGUGAAUCUGGUGCUGGUAAGACCGUCAGUGCUAAAUAUAUCAUGAGAUACUUUGCCUCUGUUGAAGAAGAUUCUGAACUUGAAUCCAGCAUUGGUACUGAUCACAAAGCUGAUAUGUCUGAUGUUGAAAAGCAAAUUUUGGCUACAAAUCCUAUUAUGGAAGCCUUUGGUAAUGCAAAGACAACAAGAAAUGACAAUUCUUCAAGAUUUGGUAAAUAUUUGGAAAUCUUAUUUGAUAAGGAAACCUCCAUUAUUGGUGCCAGAAUUAGAACAUAUCUUUUAGAAAGAUCAAGAUUGGUAUUUCAACCAACUUCUGAAAGAAAUUAUCAUAUUUUCUAUCAACUUUUAGCUGGUAUGUCUUCUAAAGAGAAAUCUGAACUUGGUUUAACCACAGCUGAAGAUUUCAAAUAUACCAAUCAAGGAGGAUCACCUGUUAUUAAUGGGAUGGAUGAUGCUAAAGAAUUCCAAAUUACUAAAGAUGCAUUAUUAUUAAUUGGAAUAGAUGAAAAUAAACAAGCUCAAAUCUACAAGAUUUUGGCUGCUUUGCUUCAUUUAGGUAAUAUUGAAAUUGCUGCCACUAGAAAUGAUGCUCAUUUAUCAUCUGAGGAACCAAACUUGGUCAAGGCUUGUGAAUUAUUGGGUAUAGAUGCAUUCAAUUUCAGUAAAUGGUGUACCAAGAAGCAAAUCACUACUAGAGCUGAAAAGAUUGUAAGUAAUUUGAAUCAUAAACAAGCUUUAGUCGCCAGAGAUUCCUUCGCCAAAUACAUAUACGCAGCCUUGUUCGAUUGGUUGGUGGAUUAUGUCAAUGCUGAUUUGUGUCCACCAGAAGUUGAAGAAAAAAUUAAGUCAUUCAUUGGUGUUUUGGAUAUCUAUGGGUUUGAACAUUUUGAAAAGAAUUCUUUUGAACAAUUUUGUAUUAAUUAUGCCAAUGAAAAAUUGCAACAAGAAUUUAAUCAACAUGUUUUCAAAUUGGAACAAGAAGAAUAUAUCAGGGAAGAAAUCGAAUGGUCAUUCAUUGAUUUUGCUGAUAAUCAACCAUGUAUCAAUUUGAUUGAGAACAGACUAGGAAUCUUGUCGUUAUUGGAUGAAGAAUCUAGACUUCCAGCUGGUAAUGAUGAAUCAUGGAUUGAUAAGAUGUAUCAAACCUUGGAUAAGGAACCAACCAACAAGGUGUUCAAGAAACCAAGAUUUGGACAAACCAAGUUUAUUGUUAGUCAUUAUGCCUUGGACGUCACCUAUGAUAUUGAAGGAUUCAUUGAAAAGAAUAGAGAUACUGUUGGUGAGGGACAUUUGGAUGUCAUGAAGAAUUCUACUAACGAAUUGUUACAAGACGUGCUAUCAAUCUUGGAUAAGAAUGCUGCUGCCUUGGAGGCCAAGGCUCCAGCAACCAAGACCAAAUCAAUUGCCAGUAAGAAACCUACUUUGGGUUCCAUGUUCAAGAACUCUUUGAUUGAAUUGAUGAAGACCAUUGAUUCUACUAACGUUCAUUACAUUAGAUGUAUCAAGCCAAAUGAACAGAAAAAGGCAUGGGAAUUCGAUUCAUUGAUGGUUUUAUCACAAUUGAGAGCUUGUGGUGUUUUGGAAACCAUUAGAAUCUCCUGUGCUGGUUUCCCAUCCAGAUGGUCAUAUGUGGAAUUUGCUGAUAGAUAUCAUAUUUUAGUUCCAUCUAACUUAUGGAUGAAGGUGAUGAGUGGCGAAACCACUCAAGAGCUGGUCAGUGACUUGUGUAACAAGAUCUUGGAAGAUACAAUUGAAGAUAAGAGUAAAUACCAACUUGGUAAUACCAAGAUUUUCUUCAAGGCUGGGAUGUUGGCACAUUUCGAAAAAUUAAGAUCUGAGAAAUUAUUUAAGGCUGCAGUCAUGAUUCAAAAGAACAUGAGAAAGGUAUUCUAUCGUAAGAAGUAUUUGGCCAUCAGAGAUUCUCAUAUCAACUUACAAACUCUUAUUCGUGGUUACCUUACUAGAUUGAGAGUCAAGACUGAGAGGGAAGCACAUGCUGCUACUCAAAUUCAGAACUUGAUUAGAGGUUUCCUCGCUAGAAGACAAUUCCAAGAUACUAUGGAAUCUGUUACUACCUUACAAAGACACAUUAAGGGAUUACAAGCUAGGCGUGCUUUCACUACUAUGAGAACUGAAAAAUCUGCUGUUACAUUGCAAAAAUCAUGGAGAGGAUUGCAAGAAAGACGUAACUUUAAUUCCCAAAAGAAGGCAGCUGUUGUUAUUCAAUCUACUAUCAGAAGAAAGAUGGCAUACAAUGAGUUUAAGCAAUUAAAGACUGAUGCUAAGUCUGUUAACCACCUCAAGGAAGUUUCCUACAAGUUGGAAAAUAAGGUUAUUGAAUUAACUCAAUCUUUAACUUCUAAGAUUCAAGACAACAAGAAAUUGAUUGCUGAAAUUUCAAAUUUGAAGGAUUUGUUAGAUCAAUCUAGUUCUGCUCAUGAAGUUUUGAAGACAAGAGAAAUUGAAUUCAAUGAGAAGUUUGACUCUCAAAAUGUUGAACAUCAAGCUGAAAUUGAAAACUUGAACAAGGAAUUGGAAUCCAUCAAAACGGAAUACAAUGCUGCUGAAAAGAGAAUUGAAGUAUUGAUUAAGGAACAAUCCGACUUGAAACUUGACGUUCAAAAGAAUAUUGAAGAAUUAAACAACUUCAAGGGCGAAUUAAUCAAGCGUGAUACCAUUGAAGUUGACUUGAAGUCUCACAUUGAACAAUUAAAGUCUGAACUCACUUCAUUGCAAAACCUGCAAGUAUCCAAAUUGGCCAAUCCAAAGACUAGAAAUGUCACCAAGAACCGCCACAGUAGUGCAUUGGCAUGGAAUUCUCCAUCUCUUGAACAAAGUAACAGACCUGUUUCUGUCAUUGCUGUUUCAAACAAUGAAGAGACUAACAUUGAUGAUAUCAACGAUGAGUUAUUCAAGUUAUUGAGAGAUUCAAGACAAUUACAUAGAGAAAUUGUUGAAGGUUUGUUGAAGGGCUUGAAGAUUCCACCAGCAGGUGUUGCUGCAGACUUGACUAGAAAGGAAGUUUUGUUCCCAGCUAGAAUUAUCAUUAUUAUUUUGAGUGAUAUGUGGAGACUUGGUUUGACUAAGGAAAGUGAGGAUUUCCUUGGUGAAGUUUUAGCUGCAAUUCAAGCUAUGGUUGCAAGCUUGAAGGAUGAUGAUGUGAUACCAAAUGGUGCCUUCUGGUUAUCCAAUACCCAUGAAUUGUUCUCGUUUGUGUCGUAUGCUCAACAAACCAUCAUUGCAAACGACACUCUUUCACACGAGAUGAGUGAAGAAGAAUUUGAUGAAUACUUAAAACUUGUGGCUGUUGUUAAGGAAGAUUUUGAAUCUUUACUGUACAAUAUUUACAACAUGUGGAUGAAGAAAAUGGAAAAGGAUUUGGAAAGAAAGGCAGUUUCAGCUGUUGUUUUAUCUCAAUCAUUGCCAGGUUUCAUGGCACCAGAGGCUUCCCCAUUCUUGGCCAAGGUCUUCUCCCAAGGAGUUCAAUACAAAAUGGAUGACAUUUUAAGUUUCUUCAAUUCUGUAUACUGGUCUAUGAAGUCAUACUUCAUUGAACAUGAAGUUAUGAAUGAAGUUAUUGUUGAAUUGUUAAGAUUCGUCGACGCAUUGUGUUUCAAUGACUUGAUUAUGAGAAGAAACUUUUUGAGUUGGAAGAGAGGUUUGCAAUUAAACUAUAACGUCACAAGAUUAGAAGAAUGGUGUAAGGGCCAUGAAAUACAAGAAGGAUCUGGUUACUUGAGUCAUUUGUUACAAGCUGCCAAAUUGUUGCAAUUGAGAAAGGGUACACCGGAUGAUAUUGGAAUUAUUUAUGAGAUUUGUUACGCUUUGAAGCCAAUUCAAAUCCAAAAAUUGAUCAGUCAAUAUUACAUUGCUGAUUAUGAAACUCCAAUUGCACCAGAUGUGUUACAAGCUGUUGCUGACCGUGUUAAGCAAAGUGAUAGCAGUAACAGUGAUGAUUUGUUUGAAAUGGUUGCUACUGAUGGUCACUUUGAUGAUCCAUUCAGAACUGUCAACUUGAGACCAUUCUCCAGAGUUGAGGCAUACGUUCCUGCUUGGUUAAGUUUGCCAAUUAUUAGACGAAUUGUUGAGUUGGUCGCAAAGAAUGCUACUGCUCAAGAGUCUAAGUCUAACGAGUAUGAUGAACAAGAUGAGUGAUCGUUGGGUUAAGUUGUGUGUAUUAUAAGUCUAUUAUGUAAACAGAAGAGAAGUGAUUCUAAUAUUAUAAAUUAAAAAGAAGCCCGUUUUUGUAGAUUGUUUGUAAUUUU